AUGGCGAGCAUCACUUACGACGUGUCUCAUCUGUAUGCGUUUAUCGAUAAGCUCUCGGACCUCAGCUGUCUUAUUUUGAACACGGAGACAUGCCAGUACGUACCUCAUAACAAGGACUGGAUCAAGGAGAAAAUCUUUGUCAUGCUGAGGACCCAGGCCAAAAAUGAAUGA